CUAUGGAUCAGCUAAUGGACAGCUUCAGUUUCCAUUUGACAUUGCGUUUGACAGUCAAGGAUUAGUGUAUGUUACUGAUUGUUGGAAUCAUCGCAUUCAUAAGUUCUCUCCAGAUAGAAAGUUUGUGGGUCAGUUUGGCACUGAAGGAUCUGGUCCUGGACAGCUUAGUUAUCCAGUAGUCUUCACUAGUGAUGGUGUGUUUGUUAGGAAGUUUGGAAGUGAAGGCAGUAAUAUUGAUCAGUUUGAUCGUCCUCAUAUGUUAGCAUUUAAUAAAGAUGGAUUGUUGUAUGUUUGUGAUAUCAAUAAUAGACGUCUUGUUGUUUAUUAA